UAUGAUCACAAUACGUGACGUGCGAUUUUUAAUCCACUAAAUUACUAAAAUAUUCAUUCGAUUUAGAUCAUUAACGCUCUAAAUCAUUCUUAUGCGUGAUUUUGGUGUGCUAAUGCGUAUUUUACGUGCGGCAUACUUUUGAAUCGUUUGUGAUUGCUGCAAGCACGAGAUAUAUCCCGCAGAACUCCCAUGGACAUUGACAAUUUCGUUGCUUUAUAGUACAUAAUCGUUCAAUAUGACAAAAUAUCGUUUUAAAUCCAAAAAUUUAGGGACGUUCCUAAACGUUUCAAUGUGGAAGAAAUUUUUAUGUAAUCUUGUGAGCACGAGCCUCGAUGAUCAACAAAACGAAAGCGGUCGCGAUAAGCGUCCAGCGGAAAGGUAUGUAAAUCUCAAUAAGCUUCUUUCGUAAUUAUUUUAAUUAAUUGAAAAUUUAUUUCUUUGUUUUUGCAGGAUAAUAUGGUUCAUAUUUCGCGUCGUAGCUGUACUUUGCACAAUAGUGUUUACGUUCGAUACAUAUAUGACGAGCGAAAACGGGAUCGUCACCUCACCCGAGAUGGAUCUAUAUCCGACCUGGCAGAUCGACUUCCCGGCGAUCGCGAUUUGCAACGUCAACCGGAUCAGCCGAAAGGCGGCAAAUCAUCUUGCCCAAGAACUAGCGGAAUUUGAAAGCGUCACGUACACCGCUAAUUUGACGGUACAGGAUCUCACGCGUAUGCUGACUCUAUUGGGUCAGUUGUAUUUGUACGAGUUUAGGGAUGCUGAAACAAUACUCCUGCACACGAUCUUGGAACGGGCUUGUAACAGCGGCUACGAUGUCGAUAGAAUAAUGAAGCAUCUGGCACCAAAAUGCAGAAACAUGUUGUGGAAAUGCACUUGGCAAGGAAAGGAAGUGGUAUGCGAUGAUAUCUUUGUGUUAAGAAAAACUCAGGAUGGCUAUUGCUGCACAUUUAAUUACGCUAGACGUAAUGAUGGCUUUGGGAGCGCACGGAUCGAUGUUUUCGCGUCCCAAUAUAUCGAGCACAUGUCGAACAUCGGACCCGAGUAUGGCCUAUCUGUUCUUUUAGAUCCGGAAUUGGACGAUUAUUUCUAUAAAAUUCUUCCAAUUAACGGUUUCAAAGUAUUGCUAUACAAUCCUAUGAGUUAUCCCGAUGUAGCAAGUGGUCGCGUACGUGAAGUCAUAGUUUCUCCAAGGAUAGAAACUUAUUUGAAACUGGAUGCAACGUUAUUUUAUACCACGGAAGAUGCUCAGAAACACGACAUACAGGAACGUGAUUGCUUAUUUCAAACGGAAGAGUCCAGAAUUUUUCAUGGUUACUACUCGUUCAGCGAUUGCAUAAUGUACUGCCGCAUGCAAGAUAUCCUCCGAUUAUGCGGCUGCGUACCGUUUUUCUAUCCAAUGACAAGAGACAUUGCCAAUGCUUCCACACGAGCCUGUAAUCUGAAGGAUUUAUUCUGCCUAAGGAAAUACAAAGAGAAGUGGCAAAACGUAAAGCCUCGGGUUGAAAAUAACAUGACGCCGUUCAACGAUAGCAUGUUUGAAGGAAUUGGAUAUCUCAGCUGUAAUUGUUUUCCAUCUUGCACCGAUAUUACGUACAACGUGAAGUCCAACAGCAUUCCUCUGAGUCUCUCUGAGCUAUACUGGGGGAGGAGUAAAUACUCGCUCAAAAAUCACAGCGUGCUGCAUAUCUUCUUCGGAAAACUGGGGAUGAUAAGGUUGCGGCAGGAUGUCCUCUAUUAUUGGCACGAUCUUAUGAGUAUUUAUGUCAACAUAUGGAAUUUGUUUCUUGGAGUCAGUAUCAUAAACGUCAUCGAGAUGAUUUAUAAAUACAUCCUAUUUCACUCCGACGCAACAAGUCAGCUCACGGCGCGUAUGAUCGAAGAGAAGGUCAAGAAGGAUAAAGAUGCCGCGCAGGUGAUUGUAAUAAAGCCUGUAGCAAUACCGGAAAUUACAGCGAGGCCCGCAGUAAUACCGGAAAUUACCCAGCCACUUCAUUGGGAAGAAUUGACCGGUGUCCUUCGACGAGGACAAUUGUUUUAGUCCAGUUUAUUACUGGAUCAUCGAA